GUGUGCCCCGUGGCAGGAUGCAACAAACAUUUUUCAACAAGUGGACAUGCCCGACGACACAGCCGCAUUCACGCUGCUCUGCGACCUUUCGAAUGCCCCCAUGAUGGUUGUGGUGCAACCUUCACCCGACGCGACAACUGCACGCAGCACCAG